CCACCCGGUGGACCACAUUGAAAUGGUGUUGUUGCCAAACAUUGCAGAGUGCAGGAUCAUCUCGUCCUCAGACGUCGCAGCAGCAGGAGCAUCACACAUUUGGUCUGUUGAAACAUCGUACAUCAGAGCGUGUCGUGAAGUAGACUCGCUCGUGCGGAGGCCAUGGUAUCGUUUUACGCAUUGGUGGCGUUUCUAAUCUGCUCUCUUGUUCAAACAACAGAUGCAUUGACAACAUGCGGAAACAAGCAGUUCCAGUGCGGGAAUGGGAGAUGCAUCACAGUCAGAUGGGUGUGCGACGGCACAGACGACUGUGGAGAUGGCACAGACGAACUUCCUGCUACUUGCCUGGCCAAAACAUGUAGACCAACAGAAUUCAGUUGUGCCGACCGCCUUCACCAGUGUAUACCAAGCACAUGGCGCUGUGACGGAAAGGCCGACUGUGAGAAUGGAGCUGAUGAAGAGAGCUGUGGACCCAAGCAGUGCACAGACACAGAGUUCCGCUGCACAAACGGCCAGUGCGUGUCCUCCUCGUUUGUGUGCGACGAUGAGGAAGACUGCGAUGACGGCAGUGACGAGGCCUCCUGCCCGCCGGUUACGUGUAGCGCUGCUUCUUUUCAGUGCAACAACAGCGUCUGCCUCCCACGCCUGUGGGCCUGCGACGGAGACGCCGACUGCACGGACGGCUCGGACGAGUGGCCCCAGAACUGUGGUACGGCGGCGCCUACCUUCGCUCAAACUCGCCGCUGCUUUGCCCGAGAAUUUCACUGUGGUAGUGGGGAAUGCAUUCACGGAAACUGGAGGUGCGAUGGAGGAGCUGAUUGUCUGGAUCGAUCGGAUGAAGCUGGCUGUGUGCCUCGCACCUGCCGUCCUGAUGAGUUUCAAUGCGAUGAUGGCACUUGCAUUCAUGGAAGCCACCAAUGCGACCAUCAGUACCACUGCAGGGAUAUGAGUGAUGAAAUCGGCUGUGUCAAUGGUAUGAAGAUACUGUAUUUAACUACACAGCUAAACGUCCCUGAUCUUGUUGAAUUUGUCUGUACAGCUACCCAAUGUGUGGCUCCAACUUGGUUUAAGUGCAACAGUGGUGAAUGUAUCGGCAUGGAGAAGGUGUGCAACAGGCAGCGCAACUGCAGGGAUUGGUCAGACGAGCCUCUGAGGGAAUGUGGCUUCAACGAGUGCCUACUCAACAACGGUGGCUGCUCUCAUGUCUGCAAUGAUCUGAAGAUCGGUUUUGAGUGUGUAUGUCCCUCUGGGUAUCACCUGGUCAACAAAAAUCAAUGUGAAGAUAUUGACGAGUGUGCCAACCAGGAUGCCUGCAGCCAGAUCUGCAUUAACCAAAUAGGAAGUUACAAAUGCGAGUGUGAGGAAGGUUACCAGGUGGACCCUGCUACCAAAGCCUGCAAGGUUAUAGGUACAAUCGCCUACCUUUUCUUCACCAACCGACAUGAAGUGAGAAAAAUGACUUUGGACAAGAGUGAAUAUGCACGUGUUAUCCCACGACUGAAAAACGUUGUGGCUCUGGAUAUGAACAUGGCCACCAAAGAGAUCUACUGGUCAGAUAUUUCCCAAAAGAAGAUCUACAGAGCUCAAAUGGAUUCAGCGGAGGAUUCUUCCCGUCACACCAUAGUGGUUGGUAAUGACCUCGACGCUCCUGAGGGCAUUGCCUUUGACUGGAUCCAUGGUAACCUCUACUGGACUGAUAGCAUUCGCUGCACCGUCUCUGUGGUAACUGCUGAUGGUAGUCGGCGUAAGACUUUGUUCUACCAAGGUUUAUCUAAACCUCGAGCUAUUGUGGUUGACCCCUAUAGCAACUUUGCUUACUGGACUGACUGGGGGAAUCCUGCUAAGAUUGAAAAGGGAGGUCUGAACGGAGGUGACCGCACUGCUUUGGUCACUGACGACAUUGUGUGGCCCAAUGGAAUCACCCUCGACCUGCUGAACCAGCGGCUCUACUGGGUGGACUCAAAGCUACACACCCUCUCCAGUAUUGAUGUGCAUGGUGGGGGGCGGCGCACCCUCAUCAUUGAUGAACACAAGUUGAGCCAUCCGCUGGGACUUGCUGUGUUUGAGGAACGAGUUUUUUGGACAGACAUCAGUAACAAUGCCAUCCUAAGUGCUAAUAGGUUGACUGGUGCAGACAUCACUCCAGUGGCGGAGCACCUGUCAUCACCAGAAGACAUUAUUCUCUACCACAAUGUCAAACAGCCUGCUGGGAGGGACUGGUGUCAGUUGUCCAAUGGUGGCUGCGAAUUCAUGUGCCUGGCUGCACCACAAGUGGGCAGACACCCGCCAAAAUAUACCUGUGUCUGUCCGGAUAACACGGUGCUAGCCAGUGACAUGAGGAGAUGUAUGCCAGCUCCCAUGCAUCCGCCAGUUCCAACCACCAACCAACCAACAUUCACCACAAACCCACCCAAGCCCCCGAUCAGAACCUCCACUGCUCCCAUUACGAGCACCAGACCUGUGGUCAAGCCUGUGCCAAGCACUAAGAGGCCUCAAGUGAGAACCACUAAACCUGAACUUCAGCCAGUCCAGCCCAAAGCCCCACGGACAACUGCGAAAACUCCAGUCACUUCUCCAGACAAUCGCCACGCUGCAGUGAUACCCCAACCAGCCUCCAGCACCCCAAUUGCCUUGUACAUCGUCUUACCUUUGGCCAUCAUGUGUAUGUUGGCGUUUGGUGGCAUGCUGCUAUGGAAGAGCUACAAGCUGAAGAACACCAACACAAUCCACUUUGACAACCCGGUGUAUCAAAAGACCACAGAGGACCAAGUGCACAUUUGGAGGAGUCACAGCCCUGAUGGGUAUUCCUAUCCCAAAAAGCAAGUUGUGAGCCUGGAUGAAGAGGCGGACAAUCCGACUUUCACUGAAAACUGAGCCGCAAGUCAGAGACGAACCUAAAUGGGAAGUUGCCCUGACCGUCCAUUUUGAAUCGUUUACCUCACGUGGCACAAAGAACGUAAUUCAAGUUUGAACCACCGUAUCCUCACUCGGCGACAACGCCUCGAGGAAAUUCAGGUUCAACUCACUUUGGUCAUUUUCAUUUUUGUUGUUUUUCACUCUUGAAAACUUCACCAAAUCACACAUCUGUUAGCAAGGUUAGCAAUGGUGCGGAAGUAUGAUUACAGUAUGCUAUUAUUUCUUACAACAGGCCAACAUUGCUGCUAAAAACAAGUUAAAAAGGAGAUUGAGAAUUCCUUUGUCUUCUUAUAUUUUGGCUUGGACGAUGUAAGUAGAGCCGCAGGGCUGUGAGUUUAGCUUUAGCUUUAUUCAGCUAGUCUGACCUUUUUAUGUGGAGAGAGGUAGUUAGCUAGCUGGAUAUGAAACAUCCAAUGACAUCAAUGUUGCUUGACAUGUUUCGAAAAUCUUUCACAUUCUAUUUUGUUGACACGUCAAAAUCAAACCUUUUUGGUACACUAUGGAAGCCCAUUUCCGCCACUUAAAAAAAAUCAAAUAUCCCAAUGGUAAGUCAUGAUUAUGAGAUAAGAAAGUCAUAAUUAUGAGACAAAAAGUAUAUUUUUUUCAGAUAAAAAGUCACAAUUAUGAGAUAAAAAUUCAAAAUUGUGAGAUACAAACUGCGCAUGUGCCACCUUCACUGGAGCCUUCGUGCUUCGUCACGUUUGUAUCGCAUAAUUUCGAGUUCUUAUCUCAUAAUUAUGACAUUUUAUGUCAUAAUUUUGACUUUUUGUCUCAUAAUUUUGAGUUUUCAUCUCAUAAUUAUGACUUUUAAUCUAUAAUAAUUAAUUAAAUCUAUAAUAAUUUCGAGCUUUUAUCUCGUAAUUCUGACUGUCCAAUCUCGUAUUUAUGACGUUUAUUUAGUCAUUUUGACUUUUUUAUCUCAUAAUUAUGACUUUCUCAUGUCAUAAUCUUCCGUUUUUAUCUCAUAAUUAUGACUUUUUUAUCACAGAAUUAUGACUUUCCUGUCAUAUUUCUGAUGUUUAUUUAGCAAUUUCAACUUUCUUAUCUCAUAGUUUUGAGUUUGUAUUUCAUAAUUAUAACUUUUCAUCUCAUAAUUUUAUAGUUAUUCAUUUUUUUCUCUUAAAUUUGACUUUUUAGCUCAUAAUUUCAUCUUUUUAUCUCAUCAUUAUGACUUUUUUUAUCUCAUAAUUUGGAUUUUUAUGCCAUAGUUAUUACUUUUAAUCCUAUCAGUUUGACUUUUUGUUUCACAAUUAUGACUUACUAUUGUGGCGGAAACGGGCUGACAUAGAAUACAGUCCUUUUUAUUAAUAAAAAGUCAAAAUACCAGCAGAAAUACAAUAUUUCCCCAACAGAAAUGGGAGAGAACACACCAUAAGGCAACCAAAGCUGUUAAAUACAAUUACAUGUUUAAAGAUGUGACUUGCUAGCUUAGAAUAUUUGUCCCCUUUCAAGUUAACUAUAAAAUCGAUGCAAGGUUUGCACUUUAUGCUAACAUUGACUACUUGAAAUAUAACAAUAUCGCCCAAUUUCUAAUUUUCUUGCAAAGCGAACCUAAUCUCCUUAUGCAGGGGUGUCCGAUGUGCGGCCCGGCGGCUGUUUGCGGCACAUUGUGGAAAUAAAAUUAAAUACAUUUUUAACAAACAACAACAUUGAAAUAGUAUAACAAAAAGGCACAAUUUAAAGAGAAAAAUCUGAAAUGUUGCUACUUAAUAAUUAGUAGUUGAUCAAAAUUGCUAAUAAAUAACAUAAAUAUAUAAGGCUUUUUUUUAGCCUUUGUACAAGAUAAAUAUAUAAAAAUAUCAAAGUGGCCGCCCGCAUCCUUUGAUUUUUCAGAGGAACUAUGGACACCCCUGUCCUGUUCCUUCAUAGUCAUUUGCACAAGUUGAAUAUAGUCCCCCAUAAUGAUUAUAUUAUAUGAAACUGAAGUUUAUUCUAAGAUGCUAACAUGAUUACAUCGAGGCAGCCUGUGUUGACACUAUGUGUGUAUGUGUGACGACGCAUGCUGACACAUUUUUAGCAUCGAGUGCGCAGUUUUUCAUCCGCGCCGGAUCCACUUUGGGAGUCUGAGGACGUCAAGUAAAUGCUGCACACUGCUUUGUGCCUUGAGUAUACUGUACUUUUUGAUAGCCUUCCCAUUUCAGAUCCCUUCUGCAGUUGUCAAGCAGAUGUUUGUAUUGGAGAGACGACGUUACAUUUUAACCUCCACGUGCCCCCGUCAGGAGGAACUGUGCAUUCCUCAGAAUAGCUUUGAAGCAACCAUGUGUGACCGGCCGGGCCGAGCUUAAAUCUCGGUGCUAUAAGAUACAGUAUGUACAUUUACAGCCGUCCUCAGGAGGAGAACUUGCCUUAUCGCAGCAUUCCUGGCAGGAGAGAAACACGUGCCUCAUCACAACUCUUUGUGACCUCCUGCUUUUUUUACAUUCUAAGUGAACGCUGCCUCUUUUUUUUUUCCUUAAAUGUACGUGUGGGUGCUAUUGAACAGAAGAGUGUAAAAUUGACUUGAUGCACACAGAAGGGAUGCUGUUGUAAAGGCUUUUGGUGGAGGGUGGAAGAAAAACAAGUCUUAAAUGCCAGUGAAGAUGUAUGUACAGAGUUUGUUUUUUAGUGCAGGUCAUGCGUCUGUAAAUAGGAUGUUCAUAAAUGUAAAUAUUUGCUCUGUUUUGGUAAUGAUACGUAUGCUGUCGGCUUUGUUGUUGUUCAACCUGUUCUGUACAUAAAUAAAUGCUUGUAUUUAUUAUA